AUGUGUAGGGCCUUCCCUACGACGCUGAAGGGCGCAGUAAGGAUUUGGUUCAGCAAACUGACGCCGAACUCCAUUAGCACCUUCAAAGAGCUCAGCGCUCAGUUCACCGCACACUUCAUCGGAGGCCAUCGGUACAAGAAGUCUAUGGCUUGCUUGAUGAGCAUGAGACAGCGGGAGGAUGAAACUCUAAGAGCCUACAUAUCCCGAUUCAACAAGGAGGCACUCUCAAUCGACGAAGCUGAUGAUAAAAUACUUGUUGCAGCAUUCACGAACGGCUUGAAGAAGGGCAAGUUUUUGUUCCCCCUAUACAAAAACAACCCAAAAACCAUGUCAGAGGUGCUUUAUCGUGCCACGAAGUAUAUGAAUGCUGAAGACGCGCUCUUAGCCCGAGAAGAGAGGCCCAGGAAAAGAGAGAGGCAGGAAGAGACUCGACAGGACCAAGGCCAAAAGAAGACAAGAACAGGUGACCGAAGGGACGAGAGGCGCCCUAAGCCCCUAGGGGGAAGGUUCACGAGUUUCACUCCGCUGACAGCCCCGAUAGAUCAAGUCCUCAUGCAGAUCAAAGACGAGGAGGCUCUGACAUUCCCGGGAAAGCUGAAAAGUGAUCCCAACAAACGUUCCAGGGAUAAGUAUUGCCGUUUUCAUCGCGACCAUGGUCACGAUACGACUGAUUGCUAUGACCUCAAACAGCAGAUCGAGGCCCUUAUCAGACAAGGAAAAUUGUAG